AUGGGUUCUUCUCUGGCAACCCUCGUGUCGAUAGUGGCUGCCGCAGGCAGUGAGGACGCAGCCUGCUCUGCUGGAAAGCAGCCGUGGCGACCACCAGAACUCCUUUCAAGGAAGCCGUUGAUCUACAUCAUUGAUAACUUCGCAACCAAGGAGGAAUGCCAGCAGGUGUUUGAGGGAAGUCACGGGCGUAUGGAGUCCGCGCGAGUCUGGUCAGGGAGCAUGACCCUGCAAGCCAUGAACUCCUCGGUGAGAAGCGGUCUCACAACGACGUUAAACAAGCCAGAGAACUGGGCCGCAGCAACGCGGGAGAUCAUCGAGCGUAUGGACGCGGCGACGAUGAUGCCCCACUCUGUGGGCCAGUAUCUUCAAGUCACGCAGUACGAUGUCGGAGAUUCCUACGAGUUGCAUCGCGACUCAAGCAUAGAGGCAGCUCGGACCCUCACAGCGAUCCUUUUCUUGGAGGAGCCGGAAGAAGGUGGCGAGCUCAUCUUCCCCUGGGUGGAGGAUCUGGUUCCUGGGGCAGAGCAUCUGGGAGCCAAAGGCGCUCCGCGUAGCGAUGCAAAGGAGAUUCUGGCUUUGGGCGAACUCCCACGGUUGCAGGAUGUUUGCAAGGCCGGGCUCCGAAUUCGCCCAGCUCAAGGACGGCUUGUGGUUUUCCGUAGCCAUGACUUGAUGGGCCGGCUCAUCGUGCCGCAUUCUCUGCACGGCUCCUGUCCCGUGAAGAAGGGCAUCAAGCGACUUGCCCAAAGGUGGUAUCAGUGGCAUGAUGUGCACUCCAGCAACAUGCUCGGAGACUUGAUUUCCCAGGUGGGCCUGGAACCAUCCUGGCGUCUCAAACCAAAAUAA